UAAUUAAAAAGGUGGUAAGGGGGUUAAGCAGCGAUGCAGCAUUCUGGCACUUUUCCUUCCACGACAUGGCGCGUAUUGUUGCUCGCAUCCUCCCCCUUGUGUACAGGUCAUUGCCGUUUCAUCCCUCGCCGUCGAUCACUACGGCUCUGUGGUGGCGGCCGUUGGAGGUUUUGACAGCGUCGCCUAUUCUUUCAUCCACCGGCCACUUCCGCAUUUUCUUAUCUUGCUCUCAGAUUCGAGGAUUUCACAUCUCAUUUCCUUAUUUAUUCGAUCCCGCGUCUCUCAGAACUUUCUUUGCACCAUUUAGGGGCUUUCGAAAGGUGAAACGAAGGCCGGCAGCGAGGAAGCAGGUGUCGGAGGAAAAUAAGCUAGAGCUCCGUGCCAAGAUUUCUAUAGAAGAAGGACUGUCCGAUGAUCAUGAAGUUGUGAACAUUACGGAAAUGCUCAAGCUGGAUGUCCCUAUGGCAAUGAAAAUGGCUUUUGACGGUCUUAAAGAACUCGACUGCAGGGCCCAAGGCUCUAUUGGGGAUAUAAGCAAAUAUGAGCAAAUUGUGCUGUCAAUAUUACUCUGCAAUGAUGAAUUGACUACAAAACUUAAUAAAGAGUGUAAAGGAGUUGAUUUUCCUACAGAUGUUUUUGUCAGAACACAGAAUGUCCAAGAAUUCGAGAUUCCCAUUCUGAUGUUAGGAGAUAUAGUCAUCUCUGCUGAGGCUGCCUUGAGACAAGCAGAGGAGAAAGGCCACACGUUACUAGAUGAAAUCCGAUAUCUUGUGAUGCAAGGGUUACUGCAUGUUUUGGGCUAUGAUGGUGGGAGUGAUGAGACUGUAGCAGAAAAGGAAAAACUAGAGGAGCUAGUCCUUGAGAGUCUUGGCUGGAAAGGAAGAGGUCCAGCAACUGUUACAUAUGAUUUUCUGCCUUGUGGUAUCCAGUCACAGAUUGGCAAUGGAAAAAUGUCUAAUGCUCAAAGGGAAGCUCGUAAUGUUCGAUUUUAUCGGCCAAAAUUCAGCCAUAUCUUUUGCAAUAUGGGUGGUACCUUGCUGAACAGUCAAGGUCAAGUUAGUACUACAACGAUAGUGGCUUUAAGAGAAGCACUGUCUAGGGGAGUUAAAAUAGUAAUAGCUACUGAAAAGACACGUCCGGCUGCUAUUAGUGUGCUGAAAAUGGUUGAGCUGGAUGGAAAAAAUGGCAUUGUUUCUGAAGUGUCACCAGGCAUUUUCCUACAGGGUUUACUUGUUUAUGGUAGACAUGGUAAAGAGAUUCAUAGAAGAAACUUAGACCAAAGUGUAUGUAGAGAGGCGCUUUUGUACUCACUAGAGCAUAAGGUUCCUCUUAUAGCAUUUUCUCAUGAUAGGUGCUUGACAUUAUUUGAUCAUCCCUUGCUUGAUUCACUACAUGCCUUACAUCAUGAACCCAAGGUAGAGUUUGUAACAUCAGUUGAGCAUCUCUUAAAAGUUGCUGUGCAGAAAAUAAUUUUUCUAGGCCCUGUCGAGGAUGUUUCCUCUGUUAUAAGGCCUCACUGGGAAGAAGCGGCAGAUGGUCGCGUACUUGUAGUUCAGGUACAACCUCAUAUCCUCGAGAUAAUUCCGACAGGAACAUCAAAAGCUGAUGGAGUAAAAGUGCUGCUUGAUCACCUCGGUAUUUCUCCAAAAGAGAUCAUGGCAAUUGGUACUGGAGAAAGUGAUGUUGAGAUGCUGGAGUUAGCAUCCCUAGGCGUCGCGCUCGAAAAUGGAUCGGAGAAGACUAAAGCCGUUGCGGAUGUGAUUGGAUCCACAAAUGAUGAUGAUGGGGUGGCCAUGGCUAUUUACCAAUAUGCUUUCUGAUCUUAUUUUUUAUCAACACUCUCUAAUCAGUUCUUUUGUAAUUUUGUUUUUAGUGUUGUUUUCAUGUCUCCUUAUUGUAUAAGUGUAAGAAAUUUUUAUUUCUUUUUGAUGCACCGGUCCUUCUC